UCGGUUGGAGCUUGAAAACAGUCGGGAGUAUUUCCAAACCCUAUCAUGUUAAGCAUCGAGUCAUUUUCCUAGUUUUCUUCAAGUCUUCAACCCAGAAAGUCUUUCCUGAUUUUAACAAGCCAUUGUUGCUAACUUGCCAACAAUGGCUUUCAUUCAUCGAAUCAAAGAAUUGAAACCCAUUAAAUUCAUCCACCAUUUCAAAAGAAAUUACUUUCACGUUCCCCCUUCUACAUUAAUCAACCAAACAACAUCACGACCAUUACAAUAUCAUCAUUUCCUCUCAACUACUCCCAAAAUUCGAGGUCUUAUUCAAAGUCAGGAAAAUUUGUCAUUUGUUAGGGUUCGGUUCUUUGCUGCUCCUGUUCAGUUUCAGCAGAAGAAAGAGGAUGUGGUUAAUCCUAGUAGACCAAGGCUUAAUGAUGAAAUCCAAGCUCAAUUUUUACGGCUUGUUACUGAUGAAGGACAUUCUGUUGUUUCAAGAAAAGAAGCUUUGGAACGUGCAAUGAAACUCGAACUCGACUUAGUUGAGGUCAAUCGCGAUGCAAAACCUCCUGUUUGCAAACUCAUGAACUAUAGCCGCGAAAAGUACAGGAAACAAGUUCAGGAAAAAGAGCGAGCUAAACAAAAGGCAGCUGGGAGUCUUAAGAAAGCAGCCACUAAAGAAGUCCGUAUAUCGGCAAAGACGGAAUUGAAGGAUCUCAAAAUUAAGGUAGACGCAAUAAAAAGAUUGAUGGAACGGGGUUACCGAGUAAAGUGUACAUUAACUGGUCGUGAAGCCCAAGAUUUCAGUGGAUUGAUGUCACAGCUUUGUGAAUUGAUAGAAGAUGUUGCCCUUGUGGAGUUUGGACCAAAGUUUCAAUCUAAGCAAGCACAUUUAAUUGUCCGACAUAUCAAAUUUGGCACGGGGAAGAAAGGUGGAAAAAAGGACAAAACUGUUGCUAGCCCUAAUAUUGAAAAUGCGGAUAGUGCUCAUGUUGACAGUCAUGGCGAAGAACAGCACGAUCAAGAGUCUGGCUCUGACGAUGAUGAUGAAGUGGAAGCACCCUCACAGUCGGUCACUGCAGUUUCUAGUGAAGAUAACUUUUAUAGUGAUAUGAAGGGGAAUAGCUUUGUUGCUAAACCAACUGCAAGCACAAUCUUACAAGAAACUGAAAAUAAAUAUGCUAGAAAUGCGCCAAAGAAUGCUUCAGCUGUGAGGAAUCCGACGAGAACUCUUGACAGUGCAACCCAGAUCUUAGGUCAACCUUACGCUAUCCCCCAACCCCACCAUAGUGUUCCUCCACGUAAUGGUGAAGUGGAAGCACCCACACGAUCAGUCGCUGCAAUUUCUGACCCAAGCCAGAGCUUCAAUAGCGAUAUGAAGGGAGCUAACUUCAUUGCUAGUCCAACUGCAAGCGCAACCUCACAAGGCACUGAAAAUAGAUAUGCUAGAAGUGCGCCUAAUAAUGCUUCAGCUGUGAGGAAUCCGGUGAGAACUCUCGACAAUGCACCCCAGAUCUCAGGUCAACCUUUCGCUCACCCCUACAAUUGGGUCCCUCCAUGUAACUUCCCCCAACAAAAUCACCCUAGUGUUCCUCCACCGAACAGUCAUCAACAAGGUGUACGUCAAGGAUCCCCACCAAGAAAUCUUCCUUUUCCUCCAUAUGAUAUUCGUCAACCUAGGGGUGAGACUCCAACUCAAUCAACUCAGGCCAAUAGUAACAUGUCAGGCUCCACAGGACACCGUCAGCCACCUGGUAAUGCUGAUGGUCUUGCAUCACACUCGACAGUCUUCGGUAUUUUUAGUAAUAAGAAGGCUGAAAAUAUCAAUCCAAAUAGUGCCCGUUCUUCCGAUGCUACAAGAAUUUCCGGUCCUGUUGUGGCUCCUGAUAACUUAAACCCGCCUACAUCAAAAUCUGAUGGUCGUCAGGAAACAGAAUCAUCCCAGAAGAAAUUUGGAAUAUUCAGUAGAUAGAGCUCAAAAUGGAGUUGUAGAAGAAUACACAAGGUGAACAAAAGAUUACGCGAUCGAUUCUCUGUUAUUAUGAGUGGUUUCAUACACUGAGAGUAUGAUUAAUUAUUUUCUACUCAUUUUCUUGUGGAAUAACAAAAUUUGUUGUUGAGAUCAGUAGGAGAGUUACAUACUUGUACUACUAGUACUUGUAUUAGUAUUAUUCAAACACAGAUGCAGCAUUUUCUGUUUGUGCUGACUUUUGGAUAAAUUGGUUUCUCUGAAAUCCAUUUUUUGCUCUGGAGAUUA